AUGCAGAUAAAAAAAUGUGGGGAAGAGGAUGAAGAGAAAAGACUCAAAGCAAAGAAAGCUACAGAGGAAGUGACCCGACACGACAACAAGAGCUCGAUCGCUGCUUAUUUCACUCACUGUAAUCUCCAAACUCCUCACCUACGGCUCGAUCUCCUCAGUGCGAUGAGCGUCUGCUACAAGGCGAAGAACCUAGCCACUGCUUCUAACUUCGCUAGAAGGUUGAUAGAGAUAAACCCAGCCGUGGAGAGUCAGGCCAAGACUGCGAGACAAGCUGCCGAACGCAACAUGACCGAUGAAACCAAUCUAAACUAUGAUUUCAGGAACCCGUUUGUGACAUGCGGUGCGACUUAUGUACCGAUCUACAGGGGACAAAAGGAUGUCUCAUGUCCGUACUGCACGGCCCGGUUCGUGCCAGGGCAAGAAGGAAACAUCUGCACAGUGUGCGAUCUCGCAGUCAUUGGCGCAGAUGCAUCGGGAUUGCUCUGCUCUCCUUCGCAAGUCCGGUGA